AGAUUGACUAAUCAGCUGUGUUUGCUCGGGAUGGAGAAAAAGUGUGACAUCAAUCAGGCCCCGAGGACUGGAGUUGCCCACCCCUGGUUUACAGGAUGAUUUGUACCUUAAAGAGCGUAGCUUUAAGGGAUUAGUACCGUCACAUCUAGAUACAAACGAAUGUGAAAAAUGAACAGAGCAAAUGUGUAUUAAAACCCAGUAUUUAUUCAUCAUUUACAAAUUAAUUAAGCUUCUACUUCGGUGUACAGGAAAUAAUUAUUUGUAAGACGUAAGAGAAAAUAUAUCAGCUUAUUGUUAAAUUAUUAUGAUGCUCUAUCCAAUGCAAAAAGUGAAGUAACUAUUGUUUCCAAACUGCGUUACCCACUCCAGUCAGCAGAUGGCGAUGGGCGUCUUUCAGGUGAUGAUUCUUGCGUGACGUAUAAUGGACUGGACGGGACGCUUCUUCAGGAACAACAACACGGCUCCUCUUUCAAGCACCUCGGUAGCUUGCUAGCCAACAUAAAACCGAAAGAUUGACGCUUUAGACAUUAUUAAUGUACAUUAGCUAAUCUCAGUGUUGUUAACGCAGUUCAUUUGACGUAUCAACUGGUUAACUUUAACCUAUUUUGCUUGUUCAAUUUGCAAAGUUAUUAAACAUUGAUACUGAGCCUAGCACCAGGCUAGUCGCUAAUUCUAACAUCCCGGACCAUGAGUUCACUAAACUACUCCCUUGCUAAAGAAGAGGAGGCCUGCUGUAUGCAGAAUGAAGCUUUGGGGCUGAACAUUGUCGUGAAAGAAGAAGAUGAUGUUAUUGAGGAAGAACAUUUUAGAGAGGAAGAGGAUGCUAUCGCAGAAGAGGUGAAGAAGGAAGACGUUUUGAGUGUGAAAGAGGAGGAGACAGCAUAUCUGAUUAACACCAGAGAGAGACAUGACUAUGGUGGAUCCUCUGGGGAGCCUCAACAACAUCCUGAUGCUGACGAGGAAGAGAAGAUUCUCUCCGGAUCAGAACACCAGAUGGACAACGCUAGCCCUUCCUCCCUCCCGGAGUCCAUGUGUCGUGCCUCUCCCGGUCGCACCUUACUGCUGGGUAUGAAGAGGUUGUCUGUGCUGCUGGUGGACUGCAGGAAAACAACGGGGCUGAGUGGAACUGUGAGAGGAGGAGCAGAGAAGAAAGGAUCAGAUUUGACUGAUCUAAGAGAAAGACCAGACUCAGAGGAACCAGAGCCAGGGAUGCCCAAACCAGCAAGAAGACACCAGUGUUCCCAGUGUGGAAAGCGUUUUAAUGAUUUGGGGAAGCUGGAACGACACGAGAGAAUACACAGAGGGGAGAAGCCUUACCACUGCUCCCAGUGUGGAAAGGGUUGUAACGAUUUGGGGACGCUGAAACUACACGAGAGAAUACACACAGGGGAGAAGCCUUACCAGUGUUCCCAGUGUGGAAAGAGUUUUAGCCAGGCAGGUAACAUGAAAAUACACGGGAGAAUACACACAGGGGAGAAACCUUAUCACUGCUCUCAGUGUGGCAAGUGUUUUAUCCUGUUAGGGGCCUUGAAGCAACAUGAGAUAAUACACACUGGGGAGAAGCCUUACCACUGCUCCAAGUGUGGGAAGAGUUUUAAUCGGUUACACUCCCUCAAAUAUCAUGAGCGUAUACACACAGGGCAGAAACCGUACCACUGCUCCCAGUGUGGAAAGACUUUUAACCAUUUAGGGGAAUUCAAAAAUCAUGAGAGAAUACACACAGGAGAGAGACCUUACCACUGCUCUCAGUGUGGCAAGUGUUUUAACCUAAUAAGGUCCCUGAAACAUCACGAGAGAAUACACACAGGGGAGAAGCCUUACCACUGCUCCCAGUGUGGGAAGAGUUUUAACCAGUUAGGGAGCCUGAAAAGACACGAGAGAAUACACACAGGGGAGAAGCCUUACCACUGCUCUCAGUGUGGAAAGUGCUUCAACCAGUCAGGGGAUCUGAAAAAACAUGAGAGAAAACACACAGGGGUGUUGCCAGUGGACAACGCUAGCCCUUCCUCCCUCCCAGAGUCCCCGUGUAGUGCCUCUCCCGGUAGCGCCUUACUGCUGGGUAUGAAGAGGUUGUCUGUGCUGCUGGUGGACUUCAGGAAAACAACGGGGCUGAGUGUAACUGUGAGAGGAGGAGAAGAGAAUAAAGGAUCAGAUUUAACUCAUCAAAGAGAAAGACCAGACUCAGUGGAACCAGAGCCAGGAACGUCCAAACCAGCAAGAAGACACCAGUGCUCCCAGUGUGGAAAGAGUUUCAACCGGUCAGGACACCUGAAAGCUCAUGAGCUAGUGCACACAGGGGAGAAGCCUUACCACUGCUCCCAGUGUGGCAAGUGUUUCAACCAGUCAGGACACCUGAAAGCUCAUGAGCUAGUGCACACAGGGGAGAAGCCUUACCACUGCUCCCAGUGUGGCACGUGUUUUAGCCAGUUAGUGAAUCUGAAACGACAUGAGCUAGUACACACAGGGGAGAAGCCAUACCACUGCUCCCAGUGUGGCAAGUGUUUUGACCGGUUAUGGACUCUGAAACAACAUGAGCUAGUGCACACAGGGGAGAAGCCGUACCACUGCUCCCAGUGUGGCAAGUGUUUUAACCAGUUAUGGACUCUGAAACUACACGAGCUAGUACACACAGGGGAGAAGACAUACCAUUGCUCCCAGUGUGGCAAGUGUUUUAACCAGUUAUGGACUCUGAAACAACAUGAGCUAGUACAUACAGGGGAGAAUACAGGGGAGAAGCCAUACCACUGCUCCCAGUGUGGCAAGUGUUUCAAACAUUCAGGGGAUCUGAAAAAACAUGGAAGAAUACACACAGGGGAGAAGCCUUACCACUGCUCCCAGUGUGGUAAGUGUUUUAGCCAGUUAGGGAAUCUGAAACGACAUGAGCUAGUACACACAGGGGAGAAGCCAUACCACUGCUCCCAGUGUGGCACGUGUUUCAAACAUUCAGGGGAUCUGAAAAAACAUGGAAGAAUACACACAGGGGAGAAGCCGUACCACUGCUCCCAGUGUGGCAAGUGUUUCAACCGGUCAGGACACCUGAAAGCUCAUGAGCUAGUACACACAGGGGAGAAGCCGUACCACUGCUCCCAGUGUGGCAAGUGUUUCAGCCGGUCAGGACACCUGAAAGCUCAUGGGCUAGUACACACAGGGGAGAAGCCGUACCACUGCUCCCAGUGUGGCAAGUGUUUCAAACAUUCAGGGGAUCUGAAAAAACAUGGAAGAAUACACACAGGGGAGAUGCAUUACCACUCCUCCCAGGGUGCAAAGCAUUUGCCCAUUUAGAAAGCCUGAAAGAGCAUGACACAGGAGAAAGCUUACAAAAACUUAGACUUUGGGAAAACAUAUUACUCAUAACAAUCACUUAAAUGUCAUUAGAGAAUCCACACAGGAGAGAGAAAUUACUUCUCUUAGCGUGUAUAUUUGAUAUUUCACAUCUCAUUUUUCUUACAAUUCAUCAGAGAACAUACACAGUGCUCCCGUUGUCUUAUAUUGUUGCCUUAUAAUGUGUUUACCUGUUUUUACCAGAUGAAAUUGCUUCUUCCAAUUAUUGAUAAACAUGUACCUGUUAAGAAACUGAUUGUUAGAUAUGUUAAGGCUCCAUGGAUUGAUGAGGAAUUUAAAAACUCUAUGUUUGAAAGAGUUGGGGCAAAAUGAGUGGCUAAUAAGUCUGGCUGCACAUCUGGCUGGCUGUUUUAUGUACUGCAAAUUGAAAAAUGAUGUGACCAAACUCAACAAAAAUAAUCAACUUUAUUAGGAAGCCAAGAUCAAUUAUAUAAAGAAUGAUGGAAAAAAACACCAUGAAAGAAAAGCAGUGCAAGUAUCGAAUUUUGUAAAGUUAGUGUGGGAGAGGUGGAAAAAUUGUUAUCGAUCAAUAAUGACAAACCUCCUGGCAUUGACAACUUAGGAGUGGCUAUAGAGUCAGCUACUGUCCUCAGUAGCUUUCCAUCUAUCUGUCAUAUUUUUAAUAUGAGCCAAGAGGAAAGUCUUUGUUCUCAGGCCUGGAGGGAAG